AUCUGUUAGCUGUGCCUAAGCAUCCAUAUGCUGCUAUGGAGAACUGGGGACUGAGUGUUUUUGUGGAGCAAAGGAUACUGCUAGAUCCAAGCAUUUCUUCUAUAUCAUACCUACUGGAUGUCACCAUGGUCAUUGUACAUGAGCUGUGUCAUCAGUGGUUUGGUGACCUUGUGACUCCAGUUUGGUGGGAAGAUGUGUGGUUGAAAGAAGGUUUUGCUCACUAUUUUGAAUUUGUUGGGACAGACUACCUCUACCCAGGGUGGAACAUGGAAAAGCAGAGAUUUCUGACAGAUGUCCUGCAUGAAGUGAUGUUGCUGGAUGGUUUGGCCAGUUCACAUCCAGUAUCCCAGGAGGUGCAGCAAGCCACAGACAUUGACAGAGUAUUUGACUGGAUCGCCUAUAAAAAGGGUGCAGCUCUGAUUCGAAUGCUGGCUAACUUUAUGGGUCACUCUGUGUUUCAAAUGGGCUUACAAGACUAUUUAACCAUUCACAAGUAUGGCAAUGCAGCCAGAAAUGAUCUCUGGAACACAUUGUCAAAGGCUUUAAAAAGGGUUGGAAAAUCUGUAAAUAUCCAGGAAGUAAUGGAUCAGUGGACACUACAGAUGGGUUAUCCUGUUAUCACUAUCUUGGGAAAUGAGACUACGGACAAUGUCAUAGUGAUCUCCCAAGAGCGUUUUGUUUAUGAUCGUGAUGCUAAACCCAAGGAUCCUGCCCUUGUAGACAACAGCUACUUGUGGCAGAUUCCAUUAACAAUUGCAGUAGGAAAUACGAGCCACAUCUCAUCAGAGGCAAUUAUAUGGGUGUCUAACAAAUCAGAACAUCACAGAAUUCCUGCUUUGGAAGAGGCAAGUUGGUUGCUGGGGAACAUCAACCAGACUGGCUACUUUAGAGUUAAUUAUGAUAUUAGGAAUUGGAGACUGCUAGUUAAUCAGCUAAUAAGAAACCAUGAGGUUAUCUCUGUCAGUAAUCGAGCAGGCUUGAUCGAUGAUGCAUUCAAUCUAGCCAG